GCGAGACUGCAGCAUCUUCCAGUCAGACGACACAAAAAAACGCAUCUCUGAAAAGCUUGUGUCCAGACACUGCAUUCUGUUCUCUGGACUCUUUUGACAUAUCUAACCCCAGCCCUCGAACUUCGAACCGCAGUGUAGGCUACGUUCAUGCACAACCCAAGGACCGAUUUAAACAUAGUAUUUUUUUGUUUUACCUCUUUUCUUUUUCCAUUAUUUAUUCGACUAAUUUUUCGUCUAACCAUUUAAAAAUAUUUUUGAUACUUAUUUUACUGACCGUUGGGUCUAUAUCCAUGAGGAGAGCGCCAUCCCAGAAGACAGUGCUUCAUAGGAAGGAAUUAACCGCUUGAGCCACAACUGAAGAAAAUUUCCCCAGCACCUUUCUUUUCUGGGAAGCCUGACAGAACAUAAUCUGGUCCCUGAAUAUUGAUGUGACUCUUUAAUCCUGCCAAUCGUUUGCAAAUACAAACUACUACUAGCACUCGGUGUGGUUUUGCCAGUGUUUGGAAGGAGGUUAGCGCGCCCUGGGGUCCGUACAUUGAAACGAACGACACGGUUGAGUCGGCGCACCCCAUAUUUCGAUUUAUCGUAGUCACAGAAUUACAGAUAGGUUAUUUUAAUACAUUACAAGAAGGAUAAACGUAGGUGAGUCAGUGUAUAUAAGAAAAUGAUGGCCGGCGGGGCAGUGCAGCAAAACGGGAUUUUCUCGAAUCCGCACCAUCACAAUCAACAGCCGCACAUGGAGUCGGAUCCCCCGGAUUCCCGCAAAAGACCGCUGGAGACUCCGACGGAGGCUAGCAGCACCAAACGCACAAACACAGGAGAAAAAGGCGAGUACUUCUUGAAGGUGCUGAUUCCCAGCUAUGCUGCAGGCUCCAUUAUUGGCAAGGGUGGUCAGACCAUCGUACAGUUACAGAAAGAGACGGGUGCCACCAUCAAGCUGUCCAAAUCCAAAGACUUCUACCCAGGAACGACUGAACGUGUGUGUUUGAUCCAGGGCACAGUGGAGGCCCUUAACAGCGUCCAUGACUUCAUAGCCGAAAAGGUGCGGGAGAUGCCUCAGAGUGCUCCAAAAGCUGAGCCGGUCAGCAUUCUUCAGCCACAGACCACUGUUAACCCAGACCGCAUCAAACAGGCAAAACUGAUUGUACCUAACAGCACAGCAGGCCUCAUCAUCGGCAAAGGUGGAGCAACAGUGAAGGCGGUAAUGGAGCAGUCGGGUGCAUGGGUGCAGCUCUCACAGAAGCCUGAGGGCAUCAACCUGCAGGAGCGCGUGGUCACCAUCAGUGGCGAGCCUGAGCAGAACCGUAAGGCUGUGGAGAUCAUCGUGCAGAAAAUCCAGGAGGACCCACAGAGCAGCAGCUGCCUCAACAUCAGCUAUUCGAACAUCUCAGGCCCAGUUGCCAACUCCAACCCCACUGGCUCGCCAUAUGCCAACUCAGCUGAUGUGAUGCCCGCUGCAGCGGCCGCUGCUGCUGCCACCGCCUCCAGCCUCCUGGGGCAGGCUGGCCUGGCUGGAGUGGGUGCCUUCCCCGCUGCCAUGUCCAGCUUCUCAGGGAAUGACCUCCUGGCCAUCACUUCCGCCCUCAAUACAUUAGCCAGCUACGGAUACAACACCAACUCCCUAGGCCUGGGGCUUAACCCCGCAGCUGCCUCAGGCGUCCUUGCUGCAGUGGCCGCCAGUGCCAACCCCGCUGCUGCGGCUGCCGCCAACCUGUUGGCCUCCUAUGCCAACGACGCAUCCACCAGCACCGGCCACCCUGCCACUGGCCUGGGAGGCUUCACGCUGGGCUCACUGGCUGCCGCUACAGGGGCCACAAAUGGUUACCUGAGCGCAGCCUCCCCGCUGGUGGCAAGCUCAUUGCUAGCCACAGAGAAGCUGGCCGAGGGGGCCAAGGACGUGGUGGAAAUCGCCGUGCCCGAGAACUUGGUAGGAGCCAUCUUGGGGAAGGGUGGCAAGACGCUUGUGGAGUACCAGGAACUGACAGGAGCCCGAAUCCAAAUCUCAAAAAAGGGAGAGUUUGUUCCUGGCACCAGGAACCGAAAAGUUACCAUUACAGGAUCACCUGCCGCCACACAGGCGGCCCAAUAUCUCAUCAGCCAGCGAAUCACAUACGAGCAGGGUGUGAGGGCCACCAAUCCACAGAAGGUGGGCUAAACAGGGAGAGAGAAGAGUGGGGGAUGGAAAGAUCCAGAGAAAGAAAAAGGAGGGCAAGAAUUUUUAAGGAAAUCAUCUCCAAGCAUUGUGCGUAUUUCAGUAUUAAAAAAGAUGGAAAUCUUAAUCCAUUCUGAAAGAAGAGGAAUGAGUCAAACCGAAAACCAAGAAAAAAAAUGUGUAAAAUGUAUAUAUGGGUUUAUUUCUUAAGUUUUGAUCUUUUUGGAAUUUUUUAUUGGUUCAAUUUUUUUUGUUUUGUUUUGUUUUUUUGUCCUUUUUUGUGUUUUUUUUUUCUUUUCUGGACAACGGUGAAUGGUAUUUCAGACUGGCAUGCUUCAGCGCUGCAGCUCCCAGCAGGCGGGUGGGGUGGGGUGGGGU